AUGUCGGGAAUACAGCACGCGACCAGUCAAAGCAUUAAGCCAUUCAAGUCAAGUGAGGAAUAUCUGUAUGCAAUGAAAGAAGAUUUGGCCGAGUGGCUUAAGGACCUAUACAACGUUGACAUUGAUGUGAACAAUAUUUUGGAGGCCCUUGAAACAGGUGCUUUACUCUGUGCUCAUGCCAACAAUGUAACACGUGUAGCAGGGGAAUUUCUUCAGAAAAAAAGACACACACACAUGCAGCUGCCAACAUCUGGAGUCACUUUUGUGAGCACAGCUCAACCAGCAACUUUCCUCGCACGAGAUAAUAUAUCAAAUUUUAUCAGCUGGUGCCGGAAACAGAUGGGCAUCAAAGAUGUGCUCAUGUUUGAGACAGAUGACCUUGUUCUUCGUAAGAAUGAGAAAAAUUUUGUGCUGUGCCUACUGGAGGUUGCCCGAAGAGCAUCUCGUUUCGGCAUGGCCGCGCCCGUUCUAAUCCAGUUAGAGGAAGAAAUUGAGGAGGAAAUAAUGGAGGAGUUUUCACAGGAGACGACGGAGCCUAAACCUCAGAGACGGCUAUCAAACACGCAGAACCUGGACGAGAUGGUCCAGUGCCUUAUAAGUCGCUGUACCUGCCCCACACAGUUUCCCAUGGUGAAGGUGUCGGAGGGAAAAUACAGAGUGGGCAGCUCCUGCACACUCAUAUUUGUUCGGAUUUUAAGGAAUCAUGUGAUGGUGAGAGUCGGUGGAGGAUGGGACACACUGGAGCAUUAUCUUGAUAAACAUGAUCCGUGCCGCUGUACUUCUCUCACCCAUAAGCUGGCCCAACAUCCCAGGGCCCCAGUGCACGAGAUCAAAGCCAGGCUGACUCCACAGCCCGACAGCCAGGCUGGAAACCAAACCGCGUUCCUCCUCAGCCGGGCCCAGUCCCCCCUGCCGGCGGUCGUCUGGACCCCGUCUGGACCCUCCAGAGCUCCGAGGCCAGGCAUUCCUCCACGGCCCUCCAGAUCACCAGACCGUGUCUUCUGGGUCGCCCAAGAAAGGAGCAACUCCACUCCCAACAGACAUGGUGGGAGGUCACCUACGCCCACUCGUAGACUAAACUGUUCUGGAAGUAAGGACGACUCGGUACUGAACGCCUCCACCAGGACGGGUCGUGAGGUCACUCGGACGUCUCCAAGCCCACGUCUGACCAGCAGUCUUCCGCGACCAAAUCAGUCCUACUCUGCCCCGCAAACAGAAUCUCAACGUCCCAAAACUCCCCUAUGCUUUCAGGAGACACCAAGUCAUAAAUCUCUUCAGCACCAGCAGAGCCCAGUGAACAAGUUGGGUCAAACCUGGACCAAAUCGCAGUUUGUCUCUAAGCUGAGACAAAAUGCCACGGCCGGGUCUAAAGGCGCAGAGACUCCUAAUCGAGCCACCAAAAUCUCGGAGAGACAUGAGGGACCCGUCUCGGCCAAACUUUUCCAGGGCUUAACUCCUGCCCACAGCUCCAAUCCUGCCAGAAACACACCGUCCAUUACCAUCCAGCACACUGAAGACAAUGACACACCUCAGGAGAGCCCUGUGUACAUUCGUACAUUUUCCCCGUCCAAAGGGGUGAGAGGCGGCACUUCGAGUGAUCCUGAUGGAAGGCCCUUAACACCAAUUGGCCAACGCAGCCGUUCAGCGGACUGUUUGACUGAGAAGAGGCCAAAACCGGAGAGCAAUAAGACUGACUUCCCGACAUGCUCCAUCAGUGGAGAAAGGACGCAGCGCUUGGUCUCGCCAGUGCCAAAACACACUGUACGAAACGCUCCGCUGAGAGACAUGACCUUCCGGAGGAACACCUCAAGCAAAUCGAACGCAAACCACGUGCCUGGUCCUCGACAGUCUCGGACAGAGUUUAGAGAUGAGGAAGAAGAACUGGAGAGGAGUUACCUUUUCACUCCACCUCCCAUCAGUCCUGCCCAAGAGGCCAGUCUGUACCAAACCCUGGAGCACGAGAUCCUAUCUAAUUUGCAGCAGCUGAACACGGACGUUGAUAAGGAGAGCGACCCGGAGGAUGACAAGGACAGCUGUCGAUCCGAGACGCCCCGGAGUCCUCGGGGAGUUUCAUCCCAGUGUCCCAGGCAUUUAUUCCCACCGGACUCUUCAAAUGUCAGUGAGAAGAACACGUACUAUCGUUCAUCUAGCGCAGAUCGUGCCGGAAAGGCUAGUUUUGACUCUGUCAUUGCUGAGCUGUCCGCAGGGACGAAGCAGCUCAACAGGGUUUCGGUUGAAAACUGGGUGAACAGUCUUCCGAGAACCUGUAGAGAGAAGAAGCUGCAGCGUCACACGGAAGCAGAGUCAAGCCAACACGGAGUUUCUAAACCCUGUGCGACUAGUUCCUGCUCCUCAUUUUGCUCUAGUGUUGAGUCGAAGAAGCCGGUUGUAUCAGACGAGUCCGACACUGUUCACGGGAACAAGUCAACUGAAGAAACGGAGGUUCGGAAGAAACCCAGGAGCUCCUCUUUCAAACAGAAGAGGUUGUUAAAGAAGCCAGAGAGAGUUCCCUCAAUUUACAAACUCAAACUGAGGCCCCGUGCUAGGCCGAGACGCGAUCACAGGCCAGACAAGAAACCCUCGAAGAUCCCAAGACCGGUGUCUUACAGGAUAACUAAAAACGAAGAGGACUCUUUGCAGAACCAGAAGCCAAGGAGGUUGGAGGUUUAG